CUCUCUCUCUCUCGUACAAAAUCAAUCAUUCGUACUACCCUCUCAGCUCUCUCGAAUCGAUUGUGAACCCGGUUCAACACACCUUGGAGACGGAGGACAUGGGAGCCGGAUGCUUCACACUGAACAUUUCUAGGGUUAAUGGGUCGGUGGCGAUCGAUACAGGAAUCGUUCAGGCUUCGGCGACACAGACCGUGUUUGAUCGAAACCCAGUUGUGAUUUUAGGGUUUCGAGAGUUUUGUUCCUAGUAAAUAUAAUCUUGUUUUUGCACAUUUUUCAGCUUCAUUUGUAUUUGGUUCUUAAAAUUUCUCACUAGAACAUGUUUACAUGAUUCAUUCAUUCGGUGCAAUUACUUCUCAACGAUAGAAUUUUUUAUUUUUUUUGCUGUAAAACUGUGAAAACAAGAGCUUAAUGAAAACGACAGGUUUGAGGAUCCUGAGUUUUCUAAUUUUUUUGGUUUCCCUUCACAAUAGCUUCUCAAUAAUUUUUUCGUGUCUUGGAUUCUUCAAUUUUAUAUUUGCUACUUUCACCAGUUUUGUAUUUGAUUGCUUCUAAGAAAUUCUGCGUGAAAUUUUUGCUUUUGAUCUCAAUGUAAUAGAACAGGUCAGUUUUUGAAAAUUUGUACAAUUAGUUGGGUGACUGAGAUUGAUACUUCCUUAAUCCUACAGUUAGAUUUGUUUCUCGAACUUUCAAUGUUCAGCGCCACGACUCUUCUUUGUCCCCUCUCCCUUCGACAUUGCAAAACACACUAGAAUAUGUUGUUGAGACUGGGAGUAAUUAGAAAAGGAUUUUGGCUACUGACCUGAUCCACUCAAUCGAGCGGAGGUUCUUGGCUGCACAAGCAGAAUCUGACUGGGACGAUUGUUUUGAUACUGGACUAAUCUGUGUGAGUGGAGCCUCUAGGCAGCACAACUGGAGGUUUUUGACCUGAAUGAUUUUGUGCACACAAAAAAUCAUUGUUCUGUCCAGAUUUGAUCCAGCACUUUAAAUAGACCUUUAUAACUCCAUUCGUUAUAAGUUUUGUGAUCUUGUUGAGAGAUAUAUACAUCAGUGAAAGAUCAAUAGUGUGUGCGAGAUUGAGUGUGAAGAGACUUGUAAUUCUUUUAUUCAAAUUUUAGUUAAGUGACUCGGUGGACAUAGCCUUGAAUUUGGGUGAACGAUGUAAAUCUCGUGUUGCUUUGUGGGUGAACCACAUAAACCACAGUUUGGUCUUGUUUGCCUAUGUGUGGUUUUACUUUCUCUAGAUGUAGAGAUGUUUUCUCUUUGGAUACACUACUCGGUAACUAUUUAUGUAUAUUUAUUUUUCCUAUUUCAAUAUUGUACUUGGUGAAAAUAAAGAAGCUUAGAUCUGUUAUGUUGGUUUAGAAUUUUUAACAUCUUUUCCACACCACAGUUUGGUCUUGUUUGCCUAUGUGCGGUUUCACUUUCUCUAGAUGUAGAGAUGUUUUCUCUUUGGAUGCACUGUUGAGUCACUCUUUAUGUAUAUUUAUUUUUCCUGUUUCAAUAUUGUACUUGGUGAAAAUAAAGAAGCUUAGAUUUGUUAUGUGGGUUUAGAAUUUUUAACAUUUUUUCCACAUAACAUACGUGGGUUUAGUUUCUAUAUUAUUUUAAGGAUUUAUGAGAAUGAAAUUGGUCUGAUUUUGACACUUUAAACUUUGUCAGAGUACAAGUAAAGUUUUAUGUUUUGGUGGCUACAUUUUGCUGAAGGUCCAAUGGACAAAUUAAAUGUACAAGACUGCUAUAGAAAUCAAUAGUAGUGUAUGGAAAUUAACAUGUAUGAUAUUCUUUACUAAUGAAAGGCUGUUGGUUAUUGCUUAUUCUUCUUUAUGAUCUGCAGUAUUACAAAUGCUUAGGGUCAUGGCUAAAUGGAAAAUUAGGCCAAUGUGAAUCAAUCGCUAAAUUAUUGUCACUCAAAAGCAGCCAGAUCAUUCAAUCUACGCUCUACAUAAGGUACCGGAUUUGUAAAACAAGCGGUGGUCAGUCUCCAGGGUGGGGAAGAGAAGUAUCGAAAGGCAUGGGCACAAAUUUGCGAAAUCAGUCAAAGGGAAUAUCAAAGAGUUUAUCAACGCCUAGGAAUUACGAUAGAGGAGAAGAUUGAUAGCAUCAUGUCAACAAGGAUGGCAAAUGAGCAUGAUGCAAGCAGAAGCUUAAAAUCGGAAUUUCUAGUUCAGUUUGAUGGGGUGACCUCAAAUUCUGAUGAUCUAGUAAUCGUCAUAGGGUCAAGCACGAGGGCAAAUCCACCGGCAGAUCACUGUGCAACUAAUAAGCCACAAGAAUUGGAUGAUGCAGUUCUUAGGAGAUUGGUAUGGGACCUUGUUACUGGAAGACUUUUACAAACUCGAGCUUUUCCACUACCAAUUACUGCAAUAGUUGUUGAUCCAACAGAGAUGAAGUUAUUUUCUAGUGGUAUAGAUUACUAGUGGAUAUUUCUUUUUUGUAUAUGGAGGACAUCAUUUUUGUAUGAUUAUCUGUUUGUAUGGAAUUAUUAUUUUGCAUUGGAUUAUAUUUGGUUUGUAUAGAAUUUGAUGUUACAAGACCAAAUUUUUGGAUGGUUGAAAGUGAAAUAGAAAUAGACAUAUGUAUUGUUUUGUUUAUAUACAAGGUGCAGGUUGCACGAAAUAAAUACAGGUUGUGCAGAAAUAAAUAAUAAUAAAAAUAAA